AAGCAUGAGACUAACGUUGUAGACUGGUUGUUCGCUGGGGUACUCGCAUUAUUACACGCAUUGUUGGUAACAGUCGCGUACCGCUAUGUUCCGGAGCCCUACAUGGAUGAGAUUUUUCAUGUUAGGCAAACUAGAAAAUAUUGCUCUGGUAAUUGGAGUUGGGAUCCCAUGAUUACUACUCCACCAGCAUUAUAUAUUUUGGGUAUGCCGUUUUGUGGUUUCGAGAGGUAUACAAACAGUGUACUCAUCGCAAUUGCAUUCGUCGGUUUUUGCCGCUUCCGAAGACUGUUCCACGAAGAUGCCGUACAUUCAUCGGCGACAGCUAUUCUUUUGUUCCCUGUGUUACUUCACUCUUCAGUGCUGUACUACACAGAUUUGCUCUCAGUAAGCGCUGUCAGUUGGGGAUUCACAUUGGACUCCUCUUUGCUUUCGUCGCUCACUUUUGCAGUAAGUGUUCUGACUCGUCAGACGAACAUAGUGUGGGCAGGAUUCAGCGCAGCAGCACGUCUCGUUCGCAGUGUUGACAUGUCUCGUCCUAUUUCUUCAGCAGUGUCCUCCUUUUUAAAACUUUCCUCGUUUAUCGUCCUCGCUUUUUCUUUUGCUGUUUUUGUGUAUAUAAACGGAGGAAUUGUUCUCGGUGAUCCCACCGCUCAUCAUCCUCGUCUUCAUUUAGCGCAAUUUCUUUACCUUGCACUGUUUUCAUGUGUACAUGCAUGGCCUCAAGUUAUCCCUCGUCUUCGUAGUCUGCUUGCAAAAUUCUUUCACCCGCUUUCCGGGUUACUUGCUAUUCCCGUCGCUUUAUCCGCUCAUUACUUUGCUUUUGAUCAUCCUUAUCUUCUCGCUGACAAUCGCCAUGUGACAUUCUACCUAUGGCGAUGGUGGCUCGCAGAUCCUGUUCGACGUGUAGUUUUAACUCCUCUAUUCGUUGGAUCUUUUGUUUUCAUACGUGAUCUUUCUAAUCAUCUUUCUCCAUUUGUACGGAUACUUUUUGUUUUGUGUUCUUUUGCUGUGGUUGUGCCAGCUCAUUUAAUAGAGCCUCGUUAUUUCAUCGUACCAUUCGUUCUAUGGAGAUUAUCAGCCAAAACAUCAUCAAAUAAGUUUAUAAUCAUAGUUGAGCUCCUAUCGCAGUUCUUUGUUUUUCUAGCGGUUUUCUUGCUAUUCAUUUUCAAACCUUUCGAAUGGGCUCAUGAGCCCGGUGUUAAGCAACGUUUCAUGUGGUGA